CGAGUUGAUUUCAGCGAUCGUUGCAUUGCAUAACUGUCAAAUCAGCCUGGUACAGUCACUGUUGAUGGGCACAAUAUUAAUAAACCUAUUGCUUGUCCAAGGUGCGGCAUUUAUCUUCGGAGGAUCCCAAUACAUGGAAGGCGUUAUAUCCGCUAGUGCUGCGCAGGUCAAUUCCUAUCUCCUAGCUCUUGCAGUGAUUGCCAUCCUCUUGCCAGCUGCGUUUCACUUUACACUGAACAGUGGUAUAUCUGAUGAAGCCCAGACAAGUGCGAUUCUAAAGAUGAGUCAUGGGGUGGCUGUUAUCCUUCUAGUUACAUUUGUGUUUUAUAUUAUGUUCCGCUUCAAAACCCACCGUUUUCUCUUUGAUAUGGAACCUAUCGAGGAAUCGGAUGAGGGGCCAGAGGAAGGUGUUAGCAACCUACCCAUAUACAUAAGUGUAAUUUUAUUAGUUGUGACCAUAGGGCUGCUCGUUGUCACCCUUGAAUGGCUCAUCGAAUCUAUAGACGACCUAACAGUCAACGGACAAAUUAGCAAGGAAUGGAUAGGCUUGAUACUCAUACCGGUUUUGAGUGGUAACACGAUAGAGCGAAUUGAAUCCAUAGUCCAGGCCACUCGCGCGAAGAUAUAUCUUGCCAUCGAGUCUACAGUUGGAUCUAGUAUUGAAAUUGCAUUGCUUAUUAUACCACUUGUGAUCUGUGUAGCAUGGGGAACUGGAAAGCCUCUCUCAUUUCUGUUUGAUCCAUACGAAUGUAUUAUCCUAUUUCUCUCGGUUCUGAUGUUGAAUUAUUUGAUGAACAAUG